AUGAUUGUACGGCAGUACAUCGCCAGCCUGCAAUAUUCCAUUAUUUCAAACCUGCCCUUAUUUCCAGACAUCUCAAAACUUGACUGCACCCGGUACAACCAAGAACCGUUUGUGUACGAUGGCGAGUUACUAUGCCCAGAAGUGGUUCUCUUUGUCUGCGGCACGGAUGGUGUCACCUAUUGGCACGAAUGCGAGAUCUUGGAGUCUGAGAAACCUACAGACUUGACUCUCACUCAACCAUCACCGCCACAGGAAGAUAAGAGGUGUCUUUGGGCUGCUCGGUCUUGCGCUUUUCAGUUAUUUUCCCGGUGUUGCCACUGGGGCAGGUCAGAUGUGGCCAGUAAAGAUGGAGGCCAGUUUGACUGCAAGGAGUUCAUGGACGACGGCAUGUACUGCACAAGGGAGUCCAACCCCCACUGUGGCACGGAUGGCAUGACAUACGGCAACAAAUGUUCCUUCUGCAAGGCCGUCAAGAGAAGUCAGGGAAGUGUUCGAUUGGAGCAUCUUGGAAAAUGCUGAAGCCUCCUCGCUGCUGAGUGUUAAAAGCUGCCCUUCUGCUUUCGCUCUCCACCAACCGCUGCAGAUCCCUGCUCCCAGCCACGGUCUCCACACACCCUUCUCCCCGGGAACUGCUGGGGACGACAGUGUCUCCAAUUUGCUUGUCCAAUAAAGUGAA